CAAAGUAAGCCUUCGCAAUUUUAUCACAGAAAGCGUUUCUUCAAUGUCAAGAAGCAAAAUUUCCAAAAAUCAUGCAAAAAUGAACCACUACAGAUCCUUCAAUAAACCAGACUACUCCCAAGUGUUGACCAACAACUCAAUCCCUGGUACUGGCUUAUUCGCAACCAGACCCAAAAACCCUCACCAUCCGAAUGCCCAAAACUUCCCAAAUAUCCUUCAAAAUCCCAAUCCCACCUCCAAACCCACCAAGUCCAAAGCUCCAUCCACUUCCUCUCCCAAAUCCCCCUUCCUGCACCCCCAGCCAGAUCCCGACCAGGCUGAAGAGUCUCUUCAAGACCUCGCCCAGAACAAAUUUGAGAAAGAAUUAGUUGUAAUGCUGGAAAAAUAAAAACACUCAUCUAUCUAAACAACUUGAGAAAAUGAUUUACGAAAAUGAACGCUUGCAUAAGGAAGUCAGGAACACUAAAUCUAUCGCUGAGAACCUUAACUCAGAAAAUAGCAGACUUAUCGGAGAACUGAAGCAACUACAGGUAGAGAAUAUUACUCUUAAGCAGGAAGGAAAUCCACCAGUGGUUAGUCAGAAAUACUCUCAGCCCCUUCUGCCUCAAAAUCCGUACCAGGAUUCUAGUGAAAAAUCAGAGGAAAGCCAGUUAAAUAUCAGCAGGGAUUCAGUGAAAUUCAAGUACUUUGAACAAGACAUCAAAGAUCUUAAAGAAGAGAAAAAGGAACUUCAAGAUGGAUACAAUGAACUUAUGGUGAAUUAUACACAUCUUCUCAGUAAAGUUCAGGAGUAUGAGGAGGUCAAAGCUUUACAAGAGCAGCAGAAGAGCCAACAAAAUGAUACCCCACAAGAAAUAGAGAAAGAACAAAUCGAUGACAAACAGAGCACAACAAAAUCUGUAAAAGAAGACCAAAAGCCAAAAACUCCCGCAGAUGCUAAGAAAAUCGCAAAUCUCACUAAAAAGUAUCAAUCUCUUCUCAAAGCCAAAAACUCCGAAUUGGAAUCCUCAGCUCUUGAAAUCUCGUCUCUCAAAGAACUACUACAAAUCGAGCAACAAAAGUCCUCGUGGUAUGAGACCCAAUUAUCAUCCAAGGACACCAAGAUCAGGUCCCUCACUCAAAAGCUCACUGAGGCCUCUCCAACAACUGAAUCCGAAGAGCAGCCUAAAAAGCCCACCAGGUCAGAAAAGCAAAGGGUGAUCAGAAAAGGCCAAAAACACGAAGAAUUAGUCAAAGUGACCAAAUCCAAGAAGCCAAGUAAAAAACCUAAGGAUUAUGGCCUAAUCCAGCCGAAUUAA